AUGAGGACUCGAUCAGCCCCAGCGUCAAAAGCGAAGAAGUCUGAAGACGAGACUAAAACUAAAACUCUCGUUGCGGCAGAGAAACCAAGCAAAACGUUCAUCCUCCCAUCCUCUACCAGUGACAAUGCGCGACUCCUCUCCCUGCCAGAUCCCCAAUCGGGAGAGCUAACACGCUACUUCUUCUGCCCGGAUCGCGGUAUAUACGAAUUUACGGUUGUUGCACCGCCAGCGCAUAUGGCGCGCAGUAUUCUGUUCACCCCUCGCACGCGCGAAACCUCGAGCCCGUUGGAUGAAGAUAAAGAGGACCCCGAGCCCUCCCUGCAGGGCUCAAUCACGAAGAGGGCAGAGUUCCUGGUGGCAACCCCGAUCGAUGCGCUCUUUUUCAUGGUUCCAUUGUUAGCACCGUCUUCGAAAUCAGGCCGUUCUCUUUUCCAGCCAUUCGACGAUAUAAUCGACUCCCAAGACGAUAUGCCCAAGCAUCUGCGCCAGGUCCUUUAUGAUGAUGAAUUCCGAGGCUCCCUCCUAGCGCGUGCGGAAGCUAUCUGUGAAGUGGUCGAGGCUGGUGAUGAGAAGAUGUUCCGGUUCAAUGAGACGAAGCUUGUCCAGGAGUUGAUCACAAAGGCAGAACGCAUGGCGGAUCGGGGUCUUCCUGUGAGUCUGGAAGAACGCUUUGUUCGUCAGGCGCUAGCCACGCCCUUGAUGUCGGUCAAACGAGAAGAUGUUGCGACUAGCCAGGAGCCAUCAAACGAGAGCCAGGAAUCGGCUUCGAAAUCCGAGGAGAGGCAGGAUUCACCCUCAACUGUGGACACAACUGCGACCCCGUCGGUUGCGACACCCGCAGGGGAAUCGACACCGGUGCCACAGCCAUUGAGUGAAGAAUCGACAGCUUCGGAUCACAUUACUCGGCUCCUCCGAAUUUCCACUGCAUUGUCCUUCAUGAAGGAGUCAUAUCUGCCCGCAACCAUGGCCUUGAGACUUGACGAGAUCCUCGCUUCCGCAGAGAGCCCGAUCGAUUUCAAGCCGCUGAAGGACCGUCUCAAGGAGAUUGUGGACCUUCGUGCCCAGGCUCUCGCAUCACGCGAUAUGUCCAACUUUACUCGGAAACGAGCCCUUGAUGACGAGGAAGAGGAUACACGAGGCGAGAAGAAACGCCGCAAAGAAGAGGAGGAGAAAAAGUCCAAGGCUGCGGAAUCCCAAGCAGUUAAGAAUCUGAAGAAGGUCAACACGAGCGGGAUGCAGAAAAUGAGCUCUUUCUUCGCCAAGGCUCCACCCAAGAAGAAGACUUGA